AGUUGUGAGGAAAAAAAAAACCACAGUAAAUUCCUUCAAGUCUUUGAUGUGCUUGUUGUCUCAGUCAAGUUGCACAUCAAGACCGUAGAAUACAGAGACGUUACGCUUUGUGAAGCUUUUUAUCUCAUAAAGUUUGUCUAUAAAUUACAGGGCAAUCACCUGGAAUUGAGGACCAGACGAUCUUCUCAUUUAGUGUUCUUGCUUUUUGAUCUUCUUAUAUUAAAUCCCAGAAGUUGGAGCUGCUUGUGAAUAUUUCAGAUUUGGAAUCUUUGUGUGGAUAAUUUAGCUGUUAAAAGAUGACGAUUGAAAGCAUUGCACCGGUGAAGGAGAAGUCACGAAAGAACAAAAGGGUAGUUGUUGAUGAGAAGGCCCCUUUAUUACCCAGUAAACAUGAGGAAGAAGGUGGGUUUGAAGAGUUUAAUGGGGCUUCAUUCACUGGAGCCGUGUUUAAUUUAUCAACAACAAUUGUUGGUGCUGGAAUCAUGGCUUUGCCUGCAACCAUGAAAGUGCUGGGUCUUGGUGUUGGAAUUGCUAUGAUUAUCUUUAUGGCAUUCUUAACGGAGGCUUCAAUUGAGAUGUUGCUUAGAUUUAGUCGGGCAGGAAAGUCAUCUUCUUAUGGAAGUCUUAUGGGAGAUGCCUUUGGAAAAUAUGGGAAGAUGUUGUUGCAGAUAUCUGUUAUGGUUAACAACAUCGGUGUACUUAUUGUAUAUAUGAUUAUUAUUGGUGAUGUGCUUUCUGGAACAUCUUCAACUGAAGUUCAUCAUGCUGGUGUGCUGGAAGGGUGGUUUGGAGUACACUGGUGGAAUGGGCGAACCUUUGUUCUUCUUGUCACAACCCUUGCUGUGUUUUCUCCAUUAGCAUGCUUUAAGCGCAUCGAUUCAUUGAGUUUCACUUCUGGUUUGUCUGUUGGAUUGGCAGUAGCAUUUCUUGUUAUCACUGUGGGAAUCGCAGUUAUCAAGCUGAUUAGUGGAGGCAUUUCAAUGCCCAGAUUGCUUCCUGAUGUUACUGAUUUGACAUCAUUUUGGAAACUUUUCACUGUUGUCCCUAUUCUUGUCACAGCAUACAUCUGCCACUACAAUGUUCAUACAAUAGACAAUGAACUUGAAGACUCCACACAGAUAAAAUCUGUUGUGCAAACUUCACUUGCCCUCUGCUCAAGUGUAUACAUAAUGAUAAGCUUCUUUGGAUUCCUCCUGUUUGGUGAUGGAACUCUUGAUGAUGUGCUUGCUAACUUCGACACUAACCUUGGCAUUCCCUAUAGCUCCCUGCUGAAUGAUGCCGUUCGUGUUAGCUAUGCUGGUCAUCUGAUGCUUGUCUUUCCCAUUGUCUUCUAUCCAUUGCGGCUUAACUUGGAUGGCCUCCUCUUUCCCUCAGCAAGGCCCUUGGUUUUGGACAACUUGAGGUUUGCGUUGAUCACUAUUGGGCUCAUUACUACCAUCUUCCUGGGUGCAAAUUUCAUUCCAAGCAUCUGGGAUGCUUUCCAGUUCACUGGAGCCACUGCUGCAGUUUGCAUUGGCUUUAUUUUUCCAGCUGCUAUUACUCUUAGGGAUCGUCACAGCAUAGCAACAAAGAAAGACAAGAUCUUGGCCAGUUUCAUGAUUGCUCUUGCCGUGUUCUCAAAUCUGGUGGCCAUAUAUAGUGAUGCCUAUGCUUUGUUCAAGAAGAAUUCAUCACGGCGUGAAUGAUUUUUCUCGUGGCUAUCCUUCACUUAUGAGUCACAUGUGCAAGAAGGCACCAGAAUAGCAGGAUCAUUUAGAGUCCCAACCAUAAAAUCAGGGGUCGCUAGAAGUUUGAUGAGUUCAAUUUAAAUGUUAUGAACACUGCUCAAUGUAUGAAAGUUGAGUUGCUUUAUUCAGCAAGUGUAUGGAGAUGUGUGUUUGGACCCUUUUUCCCUCUCGGUAUGUGUACAUACUAUCGUAUGGCAUUGUGCUUGAUAUUGUGUGAAAAUAUAAAAAUGUAUAUCUUAGAUUUGUCACACACUAUCUUCUAUUUUUGGUUUCUGUUGUUCA